AUGCAUGUCCUGCAGGACUACGAUCUGGACGAAAUAUUCAGGUACAUCAACCCGCAGAUGUUGUAUGUCCGGCACCUGGGUUAUCGGGGUCGUUUCGCAGAAGCGCUGGCGCAAGAGGAACCCAAGGCUCUGGAACUUCGGCAGCAGGUGCAGCGGAUAGAAGACAUCGUGCUCGCCCGAAGAGAUAUCAGGGCCAGCGCGGUGUUCAAGUUCUUUCCCUGUUUCUCGGACGGCCAAGAGCUGGUGAUCACUCAGUCCGACGGGUCAACCGAAGUGGAACGGUUCUAUUUUGGGCGGCAAAGCGAUCGGGAAGGUCUGUGUCUGACCGACUACGUGCGCCCUUCAGGAGACGGGCCCACUGACUACAUUGCCAUGUUUGCGACCACUGUGGGGCCGGGCGUUCGCGCGUUGGCGGAACGCUGGAAGGAAUCGGGCAGAUACCUGGAUUCACACACCCUGCAGGCGCUGGCGAUUGAAUCGGCGGAAGGGUUCGCCGAGUUGCUGCACCAACGGAUCCGCACCAUGUGGGGCAUUGGCGAGAGGUCGGUUGGAAAGACGGCUAGCGAGAACGAGAUGCUGGAUCUUUUCCGGACCCGUUAUCGCGGCAAACGGUAUUCCUUCGGAUACCCGGCCUGUCCGCGACUGGAGGAUCAGGAAAAGUUGUUCAACCUGCUUGACGUGUUCGCCAACAUAUCGGUGGAGCUUACCGAUGGGUAUAUGAUGGACCCGGAGGGUUCGGUAUCGGCGGUGGUGUUACACCAUCCGGAUGCCAAGUAUUUUAACUUGGAUGAACGGGAUAUAGAACGGUUGGAAGCAGAGGUUCUGGAACUAGAGAGCGGGAUCAAGUGA